CUAACACACAACAACAACGGUUUUUACACAAAGUUGGCGCGGACAACGAUUAAAAUAGCCAUCAGAUAGCGUGUCAUCACAAUGCCACGCCUCGUGAAGAGGAAGCAGAUGGUGCAGAAUCUUAUGGAGGAUAGUUCAGAUCCUCCUGAAGUCGAUUCUUUACUUCAGAAACAACGGCUUCUUCUCAUGUCAGGAAAACUUCCUUCAUUAGAACCAAGAGCAGAAGCAACACAUGAUCCCCAGGCAGAGAGCAGAGUAACUUCAAAGUUAUCUGAUGAAGAUUGUCUAGAAGAUAAUGGUACAGCAAAGACUACUCCGAGUGAGGUCAUAGAUUUGGUAUCAGAUGAUGUUGAAAUGUCAGAGGUCAUACAGGGGUCAGAGGUUAGGAGAGGAGCAAAUCCAAAUCGAAGACGGACUUUGGAGUUGGAUGAUCAAGCAGCGUCUGUCCGUGGUUUUAAGCGACAAGCUUCAGAGAUGGAUCCAGCAAGACCUGGAAUUAGAGGAGGACCUGUAGGAGCUAGAAAGACUCUCAGCGAUCGUCUGUUUGGUAUCGGUAAAAACUCAGAGUAUAGAGAGAGUACGGAGGGAAGGUUUAGCAACAGACUGGAAGAUAAGGAGACUACUGGAUCUUUCACAAAGAUGAGGAUUAUGGCAUUGAAUGAAAGCAGUAGUGAUGAGAGUGACUUGGAACUUGAGAUGGAGAGCAGUAAGGAAGCUCAGGAAGCUGAAGCUUAUACGUUGUACAAUAAAGCAUUGGAUUUACAACGAGCAGGAAACAAGAAAGAAGCGGAAUCUACGUACCAAGAAUUACUCAGUAUCCCAUUACUAGCCGAGAUUGAGCCACCUGAUGAAAUACCUGAGUUGAUGUAUCCAGGAUUAAUGUUGAAAUAUUCAUCGUAUAAAAACCUGGCGAGUAUGUCUUAUGAGAAGAAGGAUCUAGACACUGCUAUCAAAUACUAUGUAGAGGCUGUAAAGUUUGAUGAGAGUGACGUUACUGUAUGGUAUAGAAUGGGAACCAUUGCAGUUACAUUGUACCAGCUACCUCUAGCUAAACUAAGCUUCAUCCAAGCGUUGAAGUGUAGCUCUAAACAUUGGCCUAGUCUGGAUAGAUUGUGUACUGUACUCUAUGCAAUCAAUGACUAUGCAAGUUGUCUCUUUUAUAUCUGCAAAGCUUUAGAGAAGGAUCCUAACUAUGUAAAAGGAGUUGUCUUAAGAGAGAAGAUGUAUCAGGAGCAGCCAUCUUUAAGGAGGGACAGCUAUGAAUUAUUCAGAAAUUGCCACAACACUCUUCAUUUUUCUCAAGUCAAACAAGUAGAAGCAGACAGGAUCAUCAAGGAAGCUCUGUCUAUACGAGAAAAUAGGCGCGCUCUGGCAAAGAGACCUCCUAUGCCUCUGGUCAAGUUACUGACUCCAUUUUCUUCAUUUUCUUCAUUCACCUGGAAGGGGCUUGGGGAGAGACUAGUUGCUCUCUAUGAUCACCUGCAACACAGCUCUCCUCCAUUAAGUGUCUGCUGUAAGAUUGAUCUGAGUGAAUUCAUCCAACAUCCAGAAGAAAAAGAAAAUGAAGCAGAAAAAGACUCUAUAGACGAUGCUCCAAUGGACAUAACUCAGGAUACAGCAUCUCCUACUGAAUCCAAGACUACACCCAGUGAAGAUACACCCCUAGCCCAGGAAACACCUGCCAAAUCUCAGGACACACCCCUUUUAGAAUCUCAGACCACGCCCUUCAUUGCACCCAAUCAACUGCCGUCACAGAGGAAGGAGUUGAUUACAAUUCCUGAGGACCCAUCUGAGGGAAGAUCACCUCAGAAUCAAGAACAGAAAGAAAUAGAUUCCCCUGAGCUGAUUCCAAUGGACACUUCUCAACCAGUUCCAGUUGGUAACACACUGCAGGCCCCAGUACAAACAGAACUACAGAUCCCAGUUCAAACAGAUCGACAGUCCCCAAUACCAAUCGAGCGACAGUCCCCAAUACAAAUAGAGCGACAAUCCCCAAUACAAAUAGAGCGACAAUCCCCAAUACAAACGGAGCUACAGACCACAGAACAAACGGAGCGACAGUCCCCAGUACAAAUGGAACAACAGAUCCCACAACAUAUAUCCCCACAGACGGAGCAAACCUCACUACAAGUGCAAGUGGUAACUCCUCGUUCCACUCCACAACAACCCUCAGAGCAAACCCAAGAACAGACCACACAGCAAACUCCUCAGGAGACUUUGCAGCGAACACCUCACCAAAUCCCAGAACAGACUUCAGAGAAAAUCCCUCAGCAAAGACUAGAGCAAACACCUCAACCGACCUCGCAGCAAACUCUUCAGCAAACCUCGCAGCAUACACCAAAACAAACGCCAAAAACUCCAGAACAGACUUCAGAGCAAAUUUCUCAGGAGAUCUCUCAACAAACCCCACAACAGACCUCACAGCAGAGCCCUCGUGAGACCUUGCACCAAACAUCAGAGCAAACACCAGAUCAAACACCACUUCAGACCCCACAACAGACCCAUGGGAGCAGUGACACUGAAGAGCUUGUUGCCAUGGAAACUGAACCACUUCCUGUUAAAGAGAAAAAGCGUAGAGGACCUAAGAGGAAACGGGAUAAGGGUAACAACCCAUUGCUUGGAAAUAGGCGAUCCACCCGGGUUCGCAACACAGCUGUGAAGAAGAAAGAAGAUUUAGUGAAUUAUCAAGAGUUGCUUCGACAGUUUCUUCCAUCAAGUCUUCAAGACAGCGAUGAUUGUGCAAAUAUUGAAAAUUCUCAUAGUUCCUCUGAGAGGACAAAGGUCAUCAAGAAGCAAGAUUCAAGAAGCAAUAAUAUCUCAGACGAACCCAAACCACAAGAAUCCCCAGUUUCUGAUCCUCAGGAAUGGGAAAACGUCUGGCAGUUUUUAGCAAAGAGACAAAGGAAUAGUGGAAUUCUGCAACUGCUUCGUGGUUAUCUGAUAGAGGUUGCUAAACUGGGUGGCAAAUGGCCAUCUGGAUUAUCAAGUGUCUUUGUUGAUGGGUUUAUCCGAUCUCGACCUCACACUAUCCUACCAAGUAUCUUCAGUUCUGAGUACACCAGUGAUUUCAAAGUUUCUUAUGGGUUUAUGUUGCUGUCAUUUGCUGAGCUGAAGGUUGAUCAGUUAGUUCUGACCAGGAAUAAAACACCAAAUAGCUCCUCCAAAAAAGCUGAUGUAGAGUCGAUGGGGCAACAUUUUGAAUCUGAUCUGUUUUAUGUUCAAUGGUUGACAACAUCAGGAGUAAUACAAGCAGAUCAAUGGCAAGACUUCACUGCUAGAUUUUAUUGGAUGAAGGCCAGGUAUAUGAUGCUGGUUGGCAAAUCAGAUCAAGCCAUUCAGUCCUUCUCACUGUGUACUGAUAUUCUAAGUGAGAAACAAGACCCUUCGCAACCGGAUCAUGAAGUCUUCUUAGCAAACUGCAUCAUGGAGAGUAAUAAAAUAACUAUUGAUCUGGUGAAGGAGCAAUUGAAAUCCACCCAGCACUGCCAAUCCUUGGAAGAAAUCCAGCGACUCUACGAAGCUGAACAGUUUGACAAGGUGACUGAACUACUCCUCCCAACACUCCAAGAUACAUCAUCAAGAAGGAAGAUGCUGAAAGAAGGAGCCACUCCUCAGCGAACAUCUCAGCUAUUAUUGUUACAUCAGUCUCUACUCAAGGUUCAUGAUUAUAAGCAAUGUGUAAUGAGUGGUGCAGAAAGUAUCUCAGAAGCAUUACAAGAAAUCACUGUUUCAAAGACUCCACCAAUCAGAGAAGAGUGGGUUACUCUAGCCAUGCAACUAUUUACUGUCAUCAACAAAGCUCUAACUGAAGACAUUGAUUGCCUUAAGCUUUUGGUUCGACCACAACGUGUAAGAUUUACCAAUGCUAUCAUUGGUAUCAUUGAAUUAUGUAUGGAUAGUGAUUGGAGUAUGCAGAGUACCAGUGUCUUACCGUGGGUCGUCUUAUACAAAGUUAUUAAACAUGAAGAGGACCAGAUUGCAUCCAAGGAUAUAAGUGUUACCACGGAAACACAAGCUACACCUAUGAUGCCAUCUUCAUUGAUGUUGCUGGAAACUGCUCACGAGUAUCUUGGCAGGCGUUCGCUCUGCUGCAACUCAGAGGGAGCUUUCCUACGUCUCUACAUAUCUGUGUUAAGUAAAGAGAUCUCCAUGGGAACUGAGGAUGAGCCACACCCAUUUCUGAGUGAUUUAAAAUACUACAUAGAGCAGUGUUUCUUCUGUCUCCAUGGACACCCAAGUAAGAAAACCAAAGCAAGACAUCUACAAGAUCAUGGAGUAGAAGAGUUACCGAUGGAUCUAGAAGAUGCGCGCAUCAUCUUUAACUACUUCAAGCCAAGUGUCUUACCAGAGUUUGAUUCUUAUAAGACAUCAUCAAUGUCAGCUGAUUUAGAGAGCCUCCUCUUGAAGAUUGUACGGAUUAUCCCUGUAUUGGAUAAGCCUGCUAUUACCAUGGAAAUGCUCCAGUCUUAUAUGGAAGAGAAGACAGAGGAAGCUCCGUCCAUCCCGAAAGAUCGGACUAUAACCAGACCUGUUGUCAAGGAGAUAUAUUAUUUGUUGGCUGAUUUCUACUUCAAAAACAAAGAGUUCUUUAAAGCCAUCAAGCUCUACAUGCAGGACCUAUGUGUCUGUCCAGAUAGACUAGAUAGCUGGGCCGGGAUGGCCUUAGCAAGGAGUGGACGCUUAGAAUCUAAACUGUGUGAUGCUAAGACAGAAGGCACUAUAUACAAACAAUCUGUAGCCGCUCUACGUUGCUUCCAUCGAGCCCUUGAGAUCGACCAAACCAAUCGAUCCUUGUGGAUUGAGUAUGGCUCUAUGUCGUACAUGCUUCACUCACACGCAUCUCGGCAACUCAAACAAAAGGAGCAAUUCUCACUGACAGAUGACAUCGUUAAGUUCCUUCAAGAGAAACGUAAUGAUUGUUUAUCUCUCGCUGAGAGUUGUUUCCAAGAAGCGAUUCAAUGUGAGGUAGACGGUGAGGAAGAGGAAUGGUUGGUUCAUUACAUGCUUGGAAAGAUUGCAGAGAAGCGACAGACAGAUCCUCAGGAGUUCCUUGAACAUUAUAAGAAAGCUGCUUAUUAUCUUCAUGAAGAUGAGGCUAAAUAUCCCAAGAAGAUUGCAUAUCACAACCCUCCAGAUUUAUCACUAGAAGCCCUUGAGAUGUUCUUCAGACUACAUGCCUCCAUCUUGAAGCUCCUUGAGAAACCAGAGUCAGCAAGCUGUGAAGAUAACUUUGCAAUGUUUCGUCGCUACAUCAUAGACGCUGCCGAUGAGCCGUUUGUCAUUGCACAAGAAAACACGGAUACCAGUGAGCCACAAUCAUCAGCAGAGACUGAUCCGGAUUCUAAAUCAGAGGUCAAAGGUCAAGAGGUUAAGCUUUACAAGCAGCGAGUGCCAGGAAGUCCGCUAUUCAUCGCCACGCCUAUGGAUCAUGAUUAUUUGAAAUCAAGAAACAAAAAGAGACAAUCAACAGACUCUCAGGAACAGAAUGCUUUAAAUCAAUCCACGCCAGAGAAAAUAAAAGAUGCACAAAGUCAAGAUGACUUAAAGACUGAGGCAGGUCAACGAAGUACUCCCGAGAAACAAGAAAGUACUCCGACAGAAACAAAAGAUGAGGAUGGUUUGAACAAAGAGAUGGAGACUAUAGAUCUUAUCACGUCAUCUGAAGGAGAAACAGUUGAAGCUCAAGAAGGUUCUAAGGAGGAUGGAAUAAGACUUAGUUCUCAAGAUAAACCUGAAGGAUUACUUAAUCAGAUGGAACUUGAUGAAGAUGCAAAGAAUCCAAGACAAGGGAAAGAUGAAGGAGUCGGGUUAGGAAGUCUGGAGGAGCAGAAAAUCUGGCUGAUUGAGAGAUGUCUUGAAGCUAUGAAACUUUGUCUUACUCGAUUCCCACAGCAUUAUAAAUCACUGUAUCGGAUGUCUAAUGCUUACUGUAUUGCACCAACACACAAGAAUUUGCAGUGGAGUCGAGACUUGUUACUAGGCAGUGUGCAACCAUGGCAACAGACAACUCAUAUGCCAUCUCCAGCUCUAUUUGCGGAACAUUGGAAAACCAAGAAUCUAUUCCAUGGGAUCUGGAGGAUUCCUAUAAGUGAGAUUGACAGAUCUGGUAGUUUUUCAUGGCAUAUGUAUCGCUCUGUGAAUCUACUUAUUGAUAUUCUGAAGAAGAUGAAGGAUCACGCUAUGCUGUUACAGAUCUCUGUCAAACUAAACAGGACUCCAGAAUUGGGCAAACAAUUCUUAAGAGAUGGUGAUCGUCAAUAUUUGGCUAAGUAUUGCUACAAGACGUGUCAGACCGUCCUACAGGAAUACGUCACUUUAGCCAAGACUGGUACAGAAGAGCUAAAACUGCAGGCUGUUCUGUCGGCCUAUCAGUUAGUCCAGACAGUACAGAAUAAGCUACAGACCGAUCUACGUAUCCCAACUCAACUUCUUAAAGAAGCGUACAGAACAUACAAAGAUUUGAAGGAUGACUCUGAUAUUGCAGUUCUUGAGCAGGCAACUCGGUUUUGUUUCCAACGUUUAUAUACCAGCAAAGCACCCCAGACGCCAACUUCACAGCCAGAGUCUAUAUUUUCAUCGUGACCGCCUAAGAGUAAUAUGAGGAGCUUUCUAACAUCGGACAGUCAAGAGUAGAAGAUCUUAGCUCUACCCCUCCAGACAUCACAAGAUAUACCUCAGACUUCAUUGUGUUCCAAUAAGGAGCUUUCUAACAUCGGACAGUCAAGAGUAGAAGAUCUUAGCUCUACCCCUCCAGACAUCACAAGAUAUACCUCAGACUUCAUUGUGUUCCAAUAAGGAGCUUUCUAACAUCAGACAGUCAAGAGUAGAAGAUCUUAGCUCUACCCCUCCAGACAUCACAAGAUAUACCUCAGACUUUAUUGUGUUCCAAGUGGAAGUUAACUUGGAGUCAAGAUACACAUUAAUAUGGGCAAUGAGUGGUAUGUAGUUUAAAAGAACUGGAUUCAAAUAAUAUCAGGAAUGAAAUAAGAAGCAGAAUUGUUAGAACUGUCAGUCACUAACUCUUAUCAUGUGCCAAGCGGUGCCUAGCGACCAGUUUAAAUCCCUUCAACAAAUUAGUUUAAAAAUUAAAAAUAAGAAUCGCACGACAGUUUUCCAAUUAAAAAAUCCCAUCCACUGUAACAGUUGGAGUAAAGGUUGAUAACUUGAUCAAAACAUCAACCUUGUUUCCAAGGAAAGGACAAUUGUGGCAACAAUACAAAGAAGACAAAGUGUUACUUUACUUGUAUUCAUUCACUCUUGGUUAUUGUAGUUUAUUGCGUAAUAAUAUAUCACAGCAAGGUAUUCUUAAACUAUUGAUCAUUGAUACAGAUUUAACAAGUUACUAAUGCCAAUGCUAGAAGGUUGUGACUUCAUGGAGAUUUGCAUUAUCGUUUGAAUUGACGACGACUUUACAGCUAAAAUUUGACAUCAAUUUCACUUAGAAUUCUUUUUUUGCAAAUGCUCAAAAUACAUGAAGUUAAACUGCCAACAUCUUUUGUUUUUAAAUAAUAAACCGGAAUAAUUACUGAGUCAUGCAAAAUAUGAUUUACAUUUUCGUUAUACAGUAGAUGUGCAUCUUUAGUGCAAAACUGCUUCUUAAAAUGUUUUUGUUAUCACUUGGUUUAUGUAGCUUGUAGGAUUGUUUUUCAAACUUUGUAAGGAUUCUUUUGAAAUAAAAUCUAGAAUAAAACUAGCUCACAAAAA